AUGUCUACGGACCCGAGCUCAAAUCCUGCUUCCAAGGCAGGUCUGACGCCUUCUAGCAUUAAUAGCAACAUAUCAGAAGUACAACCAACAACAGGCCUGAAUACAAUCAAUGCCGCCGCAGGCGUCAAAGUGAAGGAGACAGAGAACCUGAGAGCAAACUUCACUGCCAAAUCUAGUCCUAUAGCAGGCUCAGACAUCACCUGCACCCCCCAGUCUUCCCCUUUAUUGUCGUCUACGCCCCCUACAGUUAGCAAGAGUCUGAUCAAGGCCUAUCCGUAUCUGAUUGCUCUCAACAAGAUUUUGGGCGUUCUCACAUGGACGGAUGAUACCUCCUACAUAUCCGUGCUACUGGUGACGACUAUGACGCUAUUUAUUUUAUACUUCGAAAAUAUCGUGAUCUACUUUGGACAUCUAUCAAUUGUUGGUCUGAUACUCAUCUACUCCAUUUUCCGUUCUUAUGUCGAGAAGGAGCAAAAGAAGAGCCCUACUUUGGACGACGUGGUGCAUUGCUUGACGACCGUGAGUGUUCGUGCCGACAUGCUUCUUUCCCCGGUGAGCUCCCUAAAUCUCACUUCCACAGACCUGCGCAGGCUCCUGUUCACCACCAUAUUUCUUUCUCCGGGUUACAUCUUGGCCUGCUACCUCAUCUUUCCACCAAAGACUCUUUUGCUAAUACUUGUGAUAUUCUUCCUAACAUAUCACUCCUCGUGGUCAAGGGUGACGCGAAAACUGCUCUGGCGUUCAUCCAUGGUGAGAGCAUUGUGCUUUUAUGGCACAGGCCUAAUUUUCGAGUCCGGCAACAACGAAAAAAGCUCGCUCUUCAAGACGGCCAUGAACAAGACCAACAAAAAGCUAAAAGAGGUCACCAGGAAGGCUGGAGGUAAAAACAGCGGGCCGGUGAGGUUUACUUAUGUUCUCUAUGAGAACCAGAGACGGUGGUUGGGGGUUGGAUGGACUCCAAACCUGCUCAGCUACGAAAGAACUCCGUGGACUGACGAGUUUCUUAACGAAGCCGAGUCGCCAGAAAACUUUGAGCUUCCACAGCUUAACGACGACUCAGGCAUGUACUGGAGAUGGAUCGACAAGACUUGGAGACUGGACCUCACGAACGAUGGAGCCUUGCAGCUGCCGUCCUCCAAGUACAAGACCACAGCUGAUCCCAAGCCGGACGAAGGAUUCAUCUACUACGAUAACACGUGGAAAAACCCGUCCACCGAAGACUCGUUCAGCAAGUACACGCGGCGCAGGAGAUGGAUUCGUACAGCAGAGCUGGUUUCUCCAGGCGACGACAGCUCUACAGAAAGUGCCUCGUUACCGCAUUCUGCGUCUGAAUCUGUGGGGCUGACUCUUCCAAAAUCUGCCACGAUCUCUGACGUGCAGAGUAUCAACGCCACUGGUAAUAUCAGCACAAGCACAGACGUUGCUCCGGAUUCUGCAGGAACAGCAAAGAAACGCAAGAGUCUACGGUUCGAUCCUACUUCGACAGUGUAUGAGGAAGAAAUAUCUGAUAUGAAACACGCCAAGGAGGCCCUUGAAGGCAGUGCCACAGAGAAGAAGGAAGACUAA